UUUUCACCUGGCAGCCAUGAAAGGGCAUGUGGAGUGCCUCAGGAUCAUGGUGACACAUGGUGCAGAUGUGACAGCCCAAGAUGGUGCAGGACACAGUGCUUUACAUCUUGCAGCGAAGAACAGCCACCCUGAUUGCAUUAAGAGGUUACUUCAGAGUAAAUGUCCAGCAGACAACACUGACAAUUCUGGAAAAACAGCUUUACAUUAUGCAGCUUCAUGUGGUUGUCUCCAGGCAGUUCAACUUCUGUGUGAACACAAAUGUCCAAUUAACAUCAAAGAUUUGGAUGGAAACAUACCUCUGCUGCUUGCGGUACAAAAUGGUCAUACAGAAGUCUGCAAACACCUUCUGGAUCAUGGAGCAGACAUCAACACCAGGGAUAAAAAUGGAAGGACUGCUUUAAUGAUUGCUUGUGAAGCUGGUAGCCUUAACAUGGUGGAAACCUUCCUUAAGAAGGGUGCAGAUGUCAGUUUAGUAGAUGUCUUUGGACAUAAUGCCCUGCAUUACUCCAAGCUCUCCGAGAAUACAGGGAUACAGAAUCUCCUGUCAUCAAAGUUAUCUCAGGAUGUGGAUACAAAGUCACCAACAAGAGCAAAGCAGCAUGAUCAAGGCUCUAAAUUAAGCUCAGAAAGAAGUGGAACUCCAAAAAAACGCAAAGCCCCACCUCCUCCUAUCAGUCCUAUUCAGAUUAGUGAUUUGUCCUCUCCAUACUCAUCAACAUCGACUCCCAUGACUGGAAAAGGGCAGGCUUUCUUUGCUGAUCAGGUGUACAAGCAAGAAGAAUUCAGCUCCUUGAAUCGAGACAGCAAAGACAGACUGAGUGACAGCACAACAGGUGCUGAUAGUUUAUUGGAUGUGAGUUCUGAAGCUGACCAGCAAGAUCUACUUCUGUUGAUGCAAGCAAAAAUUGCUUCUUUGACAUUGCAUAAUAAGGAGCUGCAGGACAAGUUACAGGAAAGAACACCUAAAGAAGUGGAUUCAACUGUAGAAUCUAAUCAUCCAACUCAAACAGAAUUUGAGCAAACAGCAGGUAGACAAAAUGAGUUCUCAGUUCAGGAGUUUAAGUCUACAUUAAAGGCCACACAAACUCAAGAUAAGUUGACAAGCCCCAGUGAGGUAAAAACAAAGUACCUCCAGGAAGACUUAAAGGAUGUGCAGAGGAGAUUAGAAAAUUCCGAAGACAAAAGAAAGCAGAUAGAAGUUCAGGUCCAGUCUAGAGUCCCAGAAACAGAUCAUUUAAAUAGCACAAACAUUUCAGAAAAUGGUUCCAAUCUUAACCUGAAGUUCCAAGAAACUCAAAACAGGUAUGAGGAAGCUAUGAAAGAGGGUUUGAAUGUACAAAGGCAAAUGAAGCUGGGUCUUGUUUCCUUUGAAAGUGAAGAAACCAGUUGUGAUCUAAAUCGGUUAAAGGUUACAUGUGAAGAAGUUGAAAUGCUUAAGCAAGAGUUGAAGAGAGCCUUGGAGGAAGGUGAAAGACAAAAAGAGAAAGUGAGAGAGCUACAGAAAAAGUUUGAAGAAAGAGAACAGAAUGUGGGAAACAAAUUGUCUGUGGAAGAGUGUGAGGAAAUGAAGAUGUCUUACUGUGCAGUUAUUGAUAACAUUAAUCAAGAGAAAGCAUUGUUGAUUGAGAGGUACAAAGAAGGGCAAGAGGAGAUUAAAAGGCUACAGGACAAGCUGAAAAAUCAGACACAGUUGGAAUCUGGUGCUGAAGCUGGAGAAGUGAAAGAUGGGAUGCACAGAAUGAUAGAUGAGCUCAACAGACAACUUAGUGAACUAUCUCAGUUGUACAAAGAAGCACAAACAGAGCUUGAAGGCUAUAGGAAGAGAAAAACUCAGGAUGAUAUAGCUUUGGACUACAUUCCUAGAGAAGAACAUGAGAAACUGAUGCAACUAACAAGUUCUCUGAAAUACAAAGCAGAGAAUGAGUUAUCAGAAAUGAAAUCCCAGUACACAAAAGUAUUGGAUGAAGCAGAAGAACUAAAGCAACUGUUAGAUUCUCAGAAACAAAACUCUUUGCCCAUUACUGAACACCAGCAGGUGAUGAAUGCACUCAGAAACACUCUGAAGGAAAUGGAGGAAGAAAUAAAUGAGCUCAAAAUACUGCUUACCAACAAGGAAAGUGAAUUAAGAAACUUACAGAAAGAAUUGCUGGAAGAAAAGGCUGCAAUAAAUGAAGCAAUGGUACCCAAGGCUACAUUUGAAAAGCUGCAGUCAUCACUAGAGCGUGAAGUUAGUGUUUUGUCAUCCAAACUGAAGGAUGUAAUCUAUGAGAAGGAAAAAGCGUCCUUAGAUGCCAUGCAACUGAGAAAUGAAGUUUCACACUUGAAAGAAGAGAAAGAAGGUAUGCACACUCUGCUUGAAGCAAAGGAUCGGGAGGUGGCUGGUCUUCAGCAAAAGUACCACCAAGCUCAAGAAGAUCUUCUUCAAAUGAAAAGAUGUUCUGAAAGCUCAUCAAAACUGGAAGAGGAUAAAGAUAAAAAGAUCAACGAAAUGUCCAAGGAAAUCAGCAAAUUGAAAGAAGCAUUGAACAGCCUUUCUCAGCUUUCCUACUCAACCAGUGCCCCUAAAAGACAAAGCCAGCAGCUGGAGGCAUUACAACAACAAGUGAAGCAGUUGCAAAACCAACUGGCAGAAACAAAGAAGCAACAUCAGGAAAUAGUCUCAGUUUACAGGAUGCAUCUUCUCUAUGCUGUGCAGGGUCAAAUGGAUGAAGAUGUCCAGAAAGUGCUGAAGCAAAUUUUGUCAAUGUGUAAAAGCCAAUCACAGAAAAAGUAAACAAAAAACCCUAGGAAAACUCCCAUUGUUUUUUAAUCCUGUUAUGGGUGUUUAUCUAGAUUUGCCUUAACGUAAGAUUUUAAAUUGGCGAUUUGCUGCUUCUGUGUUAUUGUGCUGUUUGUGAGGGGGAUUUUUUGUCUGUCUCUACCACUUCCCAUGUGUGCUCAUGUGUGCUCAUGUGUGCAGUAAGUAAGCACAUGCCUGCCUUUCAUAUCCAAAAUACAAGUAUGUGCUUCAGACUUUACUCGGGCCACUCCUUGUCAUGUUUACCCGAAAGUACUUU